UCACAUCGAACAAGAAAAAUAAUCAUUUUUCAUAAACCCUAAAACCGCUGAAAUUAAACCAUGGGUCUUCUCUCUUGGUUCAAGGGCAACCCAAAACCAACGCUCCAACAAUCCGGAUCUUCCAAAUCAACAGACGACUCGAAAUCCAAAAUCCCCGCUGCCCCGGGCAUGAACGGUGCCGUUGAAGUGCCCCGACCGGCUGAGAGCGUGACGGUGUUCGAGUUCGGGUCAAUUGCUGCUUCUGCUGAUAAGGUAACUGUAGCUGGGUACUGCCCCGUCUCCGACGACCUGGAGCCCUGCCGUUGGCAGAUCCUGCCGGCCAGUGAAGCCGAAGCGCCCCAGUUCCGCGUUGUAUUUUGAUGAGAUAAGAGAAAAAUCGCUUGUGAGAAACUAAUUGGAAGAAUUAAUAUAAUUCUGUUCGAAUUAUAGCUGUUUGGAGUGUUCGUUUACCCGUCUUUAUAUAAUUUAAUUUAGUUAUAGAUUAUUCUGAUCUUAGUCUCCCCCAGAUGAUAAAUUGUGAUAUAAUUGUGGGUUUUAACCCAGGGAUUUGACUUUGAUCCAUCCUGUUCCUCAUCCUUGUAUUUCUUGCUGAACUUCUUCAGGUUUUUCUUUGUCUCUUCUUCUUUCUCUGCACUCAGCAACAGGGGUGACCUUGGGCCUCAUGAAAAGUGCAUAUAUGGGAAACUUGUAUUUAUUCGAAUUUUUGUGGUUAAUUCCAAAAAGUAAAACACUGCUUUAAUGGCAA